GUGGGCCACCCCCCAAAGUAAAGAAUGCCAGACCCACGGAGACUGUCCAUACGAAAUACCCUAUUCGCACUAUUAUAUACUAUAAAUGUUUUCCUGGUUUUGCAAAAGACCCCAAGAAGUCAAAUGCUGUGGCUUGUCUCGCAAGUCAUGAAUGGUCAUACCCUGAAAAAUUUUGUAUCGAAAAACGAUGUCCUCAUCCUGGAGAGAUCCUGAAUGGUCACAUUGAGAUCGAGAGCCUCAGAGCUGGUUCAGUCAUUCACUUCACAUGUGACAAGGGGCACAAGUUGUUUGGGUCAUCCACGAGCACAUGUAGAACAGUGAAAAAUGAGAGUCGGUGGAGUGACCCUCUUCCACUAUGCAAAGCCAUUUUUUGUCCGCCUCCUCCGGAUGUCACCGAUGGGAAAUGGACAUCAACUGAUAGGGCUACUUUUUCGUUUGGAACAAGGGUGACUUACUCGUGCAGUGAUGGCCUUUUUCUUAUUGGGCAUGAGACUCUUCAUUGCUCUGCUGAAGGAGAUGUGGGAAAAUGGAAUAGGGGUGCUCCUGAAUGCAGAGAGGUGAGUUGCCCAAGUCCAGAGAUCCCAAAUGGGCACAAGUUACCUCCAGCAGCUCCUCCUUAUUCAUAUCGGGACACUAUACAUAUUUCCUGUGAUUAUGGGUUCGUGAUCUCCGGCGAGGAAAAGGUUUACUGUGGAGCCAACAGCACAUGGGUCCCGGAAGUUCCGCAAUGUAAACGGGCCACUUGUGAGAUACCUGUAAUCCCAUAUGCACAUGCAGUAGCCUCAUCAUCACCGAAUCCCCCUUAUUCAUAUGCUGACACUAUGUCAAUUAAUUGUGAUCCUGGAUUCACCAUGGUAGGAAAUGGUAACAUUUCUUGUGGACUCAGCGGCUUAUGGCUACCUGAUUUGCCAUACUGUCGGGCUGCCUUAAGUGCCACAACUGCUAUUAGAGGUAGCUGCGAGGAGCCAACGAGGUUGACCUUCGCCAUACCGAAGCCGGAGUAUCAAGGCCAGGCUAGAUUUGAUGUGGGCGCCACUGUGGAUUAUACCUGCCGACCGGGUUACAGGAGAACACCUUCCCUUUCACCUCGAAUUACCUGUCUUGCAAGUGGAACAUGGUCAAAACCCCCCAGCUUUUGUCAGCCAAAGCCAUGUCCCAAUCCUGAGGACCUUCUGAAUGGUCGAAUUGAAAUUGAAGAUAUUGUGUUUGGUUCCACCAUCUUCUUUAGAUGUAACAAUGGGUACACCUUAAUUGGAUCAUCCCAGAGCUCCUGUGAAAUUACAGAAAACAAUAGGGUUGACUGGAGUGAAACCCAUCCAGUAUGUGAAAUCAUUAAGUGUUUACCACCUCCGGAUAUCAGUGAUGGGGUAAAGGUACAAAAUGAAGAUGAGUAUUCUUUCGGCUCUGUUGUGAGUUAUAAAUGUAACAAAGGCUUCUCACUUAUUGGACUGGAUUCUAUCCACUGUACCUCUGAUAACCACCAAUCUGGAAAGUGGAGUGGCGAUCCUCCUGAAUGUAAAGUGGUCCGUUGUGAAAAUCCCAUAGUCCAAAAUGGACAUCAGAUAUCUACCUCAGCACCCCCUUAUUCCUAUAUGAACUAUGUGAUAUUUCAAUGCAAUCGUGGAUUCGUCAUGGAAGGGAAAAGCAAAAUUUAUUGUGGAGCCAACAACCUCUGGUUUCCCAAGAUUCCAAGAUGUAAAAGGGAGGGUGACACAGAUGAACCAGGCGACCACGAUGACCCAGUUGAACCAGGUGAUCCAGAUGACCCAAAUAAUUCAAGAAUUCCUUUUAUUUACAUUAGGCAUAUUUGUCUAACUUUGGCAAUGCUGAUACUGACAUUUGUAACGGCUGGCGAAUUGAAUUAAGCAGAAGAAAAGUUAAUAUUAAGGGAAUACUUACAGUUGCAGUGAAUGUUUUCAAUUCAAUCAGCUUUCUAAUGAGAGUAGUCACUUUCACCAAAGCCGCUCCUCGAUGAACUGUGCUAGGACUGCUUAGAACUCGCCUGAAGAAAGUAAGGCAGAAAUGGAUUUCUACAACAGGUGUUGAUUUGUGUAUUUUUGAAACAAGUUCUGUAAGUAGCUCACUUCACUGAAAGUGAAGCCCUCGUGAUGUCUAAGACUGCUUGCCCUACCAACCUGCGGUUACAGUCUGGGUUUCCAGUAAAGUAUUCAAAAAUCAUUUUCUAGGCUUAGCAAAGAAACAAUCCUGUGAACUGUGAUGUUUCUCCUUUCUUCUUCACUGAAGUUUUAAGGCCAAUUUUCUAAGAAUCCACUGCCAUGAAAUGAUUUCUGAGCAACAACCUCAUUUAAUUUAUGUUAAAAUGUGGUUAAGAAGCAGAUGAAAUGAGUCAAGACCACUCCAAAGCCUGAAGACAUGGAGGAAAAAGAUAAAGAAGAACAAACAGUCUCUGAUAGGAAAAUAGUCUGCAAGCAAUGUUUGACAUGUCACUUUUCAUUUGAUCUUUGAUUUAAAUGAGUUGGCCAAGUAAAGUGUUGUGAGCAUGUA